UGCUGCUGCUGGUGCUCUAGAGACUGAGAGAGGGGCGAGGCAGCCUGAGCAGCUGCUGCAUUGCCUCCAGGUCAGUGCCGGCUCCUUUGCUGCACAGCCAACGCCAACCUAUAGCUCCGGGCCUCUUGGAAGCAUUCUUCACCUCUUCAGUUAAUACCUGUCCAGAAGCCAUGUCAAGCAAAGGAAAGGCUGGAAGAUACAGGGGUUCGGUGAAGGAUUUUCCAAACUUUGAUGCCAACCAAGAUGCUGAGGCAUUGUAUAAUGCAAUGAAGGGAUUUGGCAGUGACAAAGAUACCAUAAUUGAUCUCUUAACAUCCAGAAGCAACAAACAAAGAAUUGAGAUCUGCCACGCAUACAAGGCCCUCUAUGGAAAGGACCUGAUUGCAGACCUGAAGUAUGAACUAACUGGGAAAUUUGAACGACUGAUUGUGGGUCUGAUGAGGCCUUUGGAAUACUUUGAUGCCAAGGAAAUCAAAGAUGCUCUAAAGGGCAUUGGGACUGAUGAGAAGUGCCUGAUUGAGAUCCUAGCAUCACGGACCAAUCAACAGAUUCGUGCUCUGGUGGAAGCCUACAAAGAUGCAUAUGAAAGGAACCUGGAGGAAGAUGUUAUUGCUGACACGGCAGGACACUUCAAAAAGAUGAUCAUUGUUCUUCUUCAGGCCACCCGAGAAGAAGAUGAUGUUGUGAGUGAAGAGUUAGUGGAACAAGAUGCCAAGGACCUGUUGGAAGCUGGGGAGCUGAAAUGGGGCACAGAUGAGGCCCAGUUCAUCUACAUUCUUGGAAAUCGAAGCAAACAGCAUCUUCGGCUGGUCUUUGAUGAAUACCUGAAGAUAGCAGGCAAACCCAUUGAGGCAAGCAUCCGGGGAGAGCUGUCUGGGGACCUUGAGAAACUGAUGCUAGCUGUAGUGAAGAAUGUCAGGAGUACAUCAGAAUAUUUUGCUGACAGACUCUUUAAAGCCAUGAAGGGCCUGGGGACAAGGGACAACACGCUGAUUCGGAUCAUGGUAUCACGCAGUGAGAUUGACAUGUUGGAUAUCCGAGAGAUAUUCCGGACUAAAUACGAGAAGUCUCUACAUCACAUGAUUGAGAGUGAUACAUCCGGUGAUUACAAAAAAGCACUACUAAAGCUAUGUGGAGGAGAUGAUGAUGCCGCAGGUGAGUUCUUUCCUGAAGCUGCGCAGGUGGCCUAUCAGAUGUGGGAACUUAGUGCAGUGGCCAAAGUAGAGCUAAAAGGAACCAUUCGUCCAGCUGCCAGUUUCAAUGCUGAUGGUGAUGCAAAAGUGCUGAGGAAAGCUAUGAAGGGAUUUGGUACUGAUGAAGAUGCUAUCAUUGAAGUUGUCACACAGAGGAGUAAUGCUCAGAGACAAGAAAUCAUCCAGGCAUACAAGUCUCAUUAUGGACGGGAUCUGAUGGCAGAUUUGAAGUCUGAAUUGUCAGGGGCCUUGGCGAAGGUAAUCCUGGGACUGAUGAUGACUCCAGCACAGUAUGAUGCAAAGCAACUGAAGAAAGCUGUGGAGGGGGCUGGAACAGAUGAAAGUGUACUCAUUGAAAUCUUGGCCACUCGGAACAACGAGGAGAUCCAAGCAAUUAAUGAAGCAUAUAAAGAAGCCUAUCAUACAACUUUAGAGGAUGCACUGAGUUCUGAUACUUCAGGACAUUUCAAAAGGAUCCUUAUUUCUCUAGCUCUGGGAGCCCGCGAUGAAGGAGGAGAAGACUUGGCAAAAGCUCGUGCGGAUGCCCAGGUUGUUGCUGAAACUCUGAAAUUGGCUGAUGUUUCCAGUGAUGACUCAACAUCCCUUGAAACACGAUUCCUGAGUAUCUUGUGCUCUCAGAGUUAUCCCCAACUCAGGAGAGUUUUUCAGGAGUUUGUUAAGAUGACAAACCAUGAUGUAGCACAUGCCAUCAGGAAACGGAUGUCCGGUGAUGUGAAGGAUGCCUUUUUAGCCAUUGUGAUGAGUGUUAAGAACAAGCAAGCUUUCUUUGCUGAAAAGCUGUACAAGUCCAUGAAGGGUGCUGGCACAGACGACCGAACUCUCAUCCGUAUCAUCGUCUCAAGGAGUGAGAUUGAUCUGCUCAACAUCCGGCGUGACUUUUGGGACCUCUAUGACAAAUCACUGUAUCACAUGAUUGAGAAGGAUACCUCAGGCGAUUACCGCAAAGCAUUGCUGGCCAUUUGUGGAGAAGAAGAGUAAGCAAUCGAUGACUGCAGUAGAAGCCCGUCAUCUUGUCCAAGUCAUUGUAACUCACAUUUGUGCAGCCUAGAUGUCACUGUUGCUUUUAGAAGCAUUGGGGGAUGUUUUGGAUCCCACUAAGGAGAUUCACUUUGUGUUGGGGGGAAAAUGUAUCACACAGAAAAGCUUAACACUGCAAAGCAGCAAAGACCACAGGGGUUGCUCAGUCCUAUCAGUGGGGGAAUUGUCUAAAAUAAUAUGACACUGCCUUGUGUACACACGGCCAAUGAAGAAACACUGUUAUGGAUAUUUUAAACCAAAGAAAUAAAUUGUUAAAUGUU